AAAAAAAAAAAAAGCUUAAUUGGAGAAUUUUACACACAUGGACAGCUACAUUUCAAUGUUCUUGGAAAGAGAGAGAAAGGAAGAAAAUUAGAGAUAGGGAACAAACAAUCCUGUCUGGGUAAAUCCGUCUCAAACAAAAAGCAGCUGUUUCUUGAUCACCCCUUUUACAAACCAAAAAAAAAAAAAAAAAAAAAGACUUUCUCUUUCUCUCCCUUUUGCUACAUAUUUUAUCUCCAAACCCCAUUUCUUGAAACCCAUUUAAGUCUUUUAAUUGGGAAAUUGUCAAAUUUUCUUGAAUUGUUGAAAAAAAAAACGAUUUUUUUUUAAUGUUAUCUCUUUUCUUUACAUGGGGUUUUGGAAAGUGUUUAAUAGGAGGGUAAGAGAAGGAGUUUGAUUCUUAUUUGGGAUUGGAAGCAAGCAAUCCAGAAAGUUGGAAUUUUUUGGAUUGUUUUGUUUCAUUUCCAAAUUUUCUAAUGGUUCGUGAGAAACAUAAACCUCUGAGACUUUAUCAGGUUUGGAAAGGAAGUAAUAAAUUCUUAUGGGGAGGAAGAUUGAUCUUCGGUCCGGACGUGUCAUCUUUGUUUCUAUCAACACUUUUGAUUGCUGGCCCAGCACUUGCUUUUUGUAUAAAGGUCUCUUGUGUAAUCAAACAUCGUAUCAAAGAGCACAAAGACGCUGGUCCUUGGUACCCUAUACUUGUGAUUGGAGCAGUUCUUACAAUUAUGGAUAUAGUUUUUCUCUUGUUGACAUCUAGUAGAGAUCCUGGAAUUGUCCCAAGAAACAAAACACCUCCUGAAUCUGACGAAACAUUUGAUAUACAUACCCCUUCCAUGGAGUGGGUCAACGGUAGAACUCCUCAUUUGAAACUUCCACGAACAAAGGAUGUAAUCGUGAAUGGACACACCGUUAAAGUCAAGUACUGUGAUACAUGUUUGCUGUAUCGGCCUCCUCGUUCAUCACAUUGUUCUAUCUGCAACAAUUGUGUUCAAAGAUUUGAUCAUCACUGUCCCUGGGUUGGUCAAUGCAUUGGACUUCGGAAUUACAGAUUCUUCUACUUGUUCAUAUCUACGUCAACCAUAUUAUGCAUAUAUGUCUUCGUCAUAUCUUUGGUCAUUAUUCUUCAUCGUGGUGGAAAUGUAUGGAGAGCUAUUUCACAAGAUAUCUUAUCAGAUGUUCUCAUUGUAUACUGCUUCAUUGCUGUUUGGUUUGUUGGUGGCCUUACUAUUUUCCAUUUUUACCUGAUUAGCACUAACCAGACUACUUACGAGAACUUCAGGUAUCGAUAUGAUAAGAAGGAGAAUCCCUAUAAUAGGGGAACGAUUGAAAAUAUCAGAGAAGUUUUCUUUUCCAGGAUCCCCCCUUCCUUAAAUAAUUUUCGAGCAAUUGUUAAAGAAAAUGACAUUGUAAUGAUUGAGCCAGCAACUUCCAACGUUGGGGGAAAUAUUAAUAGCUCAAAAGAGAAGAUAGAUAUUGAGAUGGGAACAAUGUUUCCAGAGGAUAGUGGACUUUCACUUCCUGAAAUUUUGCGGAAUUUGGAAUAUGAGGAGAUAGACGAUACUUUAAAAAGCAGGGAAUGGACUGGGGAUACUUAUUCUGAUUCUGGUGAUCAUAUGCGAAGCAUCUCCAGCUUAAAGGAGAAAACUGAUAUUGAGGUGGGAGAUAGCUCUGCAGAAGAUAAAGGAGCCGCACAGCCAGAAAUUUCGCAGAAUAUGAAUGGUGAUAACAUGGAGAGAAACUUCAAAAACAAGGGUGAAGAUGGGAGAACUGAUUAUGAACCUUUUUGGUUUUCUAUGGAACAAGAAAAAGAAAGUGGAAAGAGCUCCACUCUAGAAAGUGGAUCUAAUGUAGAAGAGAACUCGGAAGAUGUAAGUAGCUCGGCUCAGUAUAUGACACCAAUAAAUGAACGUAGCCCAAAGGUCUAGCAUACAGUAUAAGGAACUCCCACUUGAGUCUU